ACAUAUUCAAAUUGAUGCCAAUAUUUACAUUCGGAAAGCACUCUCAGCCCUCUAGUUUUGAUCUACAAAUAUUUGGAAGUUUUUCUUCACAUUCCGCCUAUCUGUUCCUUCUGGCUGCGUUCGGGGAGAUGCUAUUUAGCGCUAUGAGCUCUGUCCUUGACGUUUGAAAUUCUCUUGAAAUGAAAUUCAAUUUAAGUGCGGACUAAGGUACUGUCUCGUUUAUCGUCCGACAAAUUUUUGAAGCGUGUUGAUUGGCUGCAGUGUAAUAACAUUUUCUAUCCGGCCAAUCAACGCGCUUAAAAAGUUACUGCCGCACAAGUAAAAAUCCUGCCUUUUACAUGCGACAGGACGAACGAGGAUCAAUCGCCAGCAGCCGCCAUUUCUUCUUCAGUGUCUACUUGUUCACGUAUUUUGACGCUGGAGCUGGAAUUCGGAGAAACGAUAAGAAAUGAGUUCGUCAAGAAACGUCUCGCCGUCGGUCCCUUCUUUAGCUAAAAUGUAUGCCCUCGUCCUCAUUUCUUGAUAAAGUUGCGCCGUUUCCCCAGACAGUCGAAUAUUUCGAACGAUAGAUUUUUCAAAGCGUUUGCGACAAAUGCCGGUAGAAAUGAACUUCACUGAUAAAAGAUAGAAUGUAAUGGUAGGCUGACGGCGCUGGAAUUGUAAUUACAAAUUGACCGCAGAAACCGUGCAGAUUCUGCCAAUUUAUAACCAUUUAAGUGAUAUAUUUAAUUCCUUUUUACCAGUUUAAGUAAAAAAAAUUCUGCCCAUACAGCACCAAAGCUUUCGGAGAACAUUGUUGCAAUGUUUCUGAAAGCUUGGGUGCUGUAUGGGUGGUUUUCGCUGACAAAAUCGAGCUCGAUGAAGACAGUCGCUCGAAAUUGUUGGCAGAAUGUUAAAAGUUCUGCUUCCCGGAUCGUUUCUCUCUCCUAUGUCGAUAACUUAUAUGCUACAAUGUCUCAUUUUUGACGUCAAUAUGUGUUUCGCUGCAGACAUGUGGAAUUUGAGGCAAUAAUGAACGCAAGCAGCAGCGACGAGGAGGAGUUUAACAUAAAUAUUCCAACGUCGCAAUCGGGCGCAGCGGCACAGAAUCUGCAGACCGACGGCGGCUCGACCGUGCGGGGCGACAAUUUUACGGACAGAGACGAGGCUCGUAUAUUGAAGUUCAUUUUGUUCAAAAUAUGUCGCGAUUUCUCUCGUCUUCGUGUAUUUCUCUGUAUUCAAUAUCUCCUGGCUUUUCUCCGAGCCAAGUACUGUCAUCGUGCCGGCCAGAUGCCGGGCGGUAUCUCAUUAACGCAAAGCGAAACCGCGAAUCUGCUCGCCACGGUCGCAUCGAGACUCUCAAGGGAGCGCGUGUCCCGCGAAUAAUUAUAAAGUACCCUCCUCCCCUUCGCAGAUCAUUUUAGCGAUGAUCUGGUCGAGCAAUCAAUUGGGCGCGGCCUACUACAACAUCCUCACGUCCGAGCUGUUCGUGAUGGACGAUACUUAUGACGACGGGGUCCGCUUCAACAUCGCGAGGGCCCUGUACAAGCAGUGCCAGCCGCGCCACGUCAUCACGAUCUCCGGCACGUCCGACGAGUUCCUGACGGCCCUCGAGGCCCUGGUAACGUCGGAAGUGCCGGGCGACGAUCGCAGCGGUACGUCGGGAUUGAGCGACGCGAGGUCGUCGCGGCCGGUCUCGCUGAGGGUGGUGCGGAAGAGGGAGCACAGCUUCGACAGAUGCUAUCACCGGGUACAAUGUCUCAAGCUCGAGUCCGAGCCGGCGAGCGCCAGCCACGUCGAGAGGCUUAUCUUCCUGCAGGGCCUGCUCAACUUCAAGUCGAUCGUCAUGAUCCACGCGCUCGGCCUGCUCUUGAUCCACAUCGACCAGCAUUGGAGCAACAUCGCGCUCGAUCCUUCCGGCAGGCCUGGCUUCGCGUCUCUCGCCAGCGUCACGUUACGCGACAUCGUCAUGAUAGACGAUGACACUUACGAGGCGCUGAAUAUUGUGCACGCCAGGCAUCACCCGAGCCUCUUCAAGUGCGGCGACGCGGCAGCGAAGAAGCAGAGCGGCAGCUUAUUCAUCCUCCUGAAUCGUUGCCAGUCGCGGCCUGGGAUGCAAUUUCUGUGGAAAACGUUGCGGCAUCCCACUCGGGACGUCCGGAUCCUUAACGAGAGAUUCGAGGUCGUCGAAUUCUGCUUGAACCCGGAAAACUAUAGUAUCGUCGAAAAUCUCACGUCCUGCCUGAGACACGUUUACCGCUUGACUAACGUUAUUCUGGAUCGAUAUUUAGCGCAGCAGGCUAAAGUUUCCGACUGGCGACGAUUGCACAAGACGAUUUCUUCCAUAAUUUACAUCGCCGACAUAUGCGAGAAACACCGCGAAAAGGUGAGGCUGUUCAGGAAAAUCGUCGACAGUAUCACGAAAGAGGUGCGUUACGUCAAGUAUUUCAUCGAGUACAUAGUGGACUUCGGCGCAAAAAGGUCCGAGAGUGACUUCGUCGUACGCGCAAACGUGGACUCGCACCUGGACAAUCUGCACCACGUGAGAAGCGCUCUGCCCGAGACCCUGACGCGGAUGGGAGAGAAAGAUAUGAAAGAGCAUCUCCCGGCCUCGGUGACGACCUGCAAGAUGGUGUACAUACCGAACAUCGGGUAUCUUCUAGCGAUCACCGGGUGGAACCCGUCGCCGACCGACAAUGCCGACUUGGAGAACCUAGAGUUCAAAUUCGUCAGCAACAACAUACGUUAUUACAAGAGCCCGAGCGCCAAAGAACUGGACGAGACUAUAGGAGAUAUAAUGCUGAGGAUAAAUAAGCGGGAGAGCUGCAUUAUGCUGAAGCUUGUGAAGUAUAUAAACAAGCACGCUGCCUCGAUAUUCAACGCGAUUCAAUUGUGCGCCGAAUUAGACACAUUACUGGCGUUUUACGUGGUCGCGCGAGAAUACAAUUAUGUGAAACCGAACGUGGUGGACCGCCAGGUCAUAGCGGUGGAGCAGGGUCGACACCCACUGCAGGAGUUUCUAACGACGUUUGUUCCCAAUGACACCUAUUCCGGGGACGGAAAGAGCCUCGUGAAAAUCCUGACCGGCCCGAACGCUUCCGGCAAGAGCACUUAUCUCAAGCAAGUCGCGCUGAUCGUGUUCAUGGCUCACAUCGGCUGCUUCGUGCCGGCCAAAUCGGCCACCAUAGGAAUAGUGACUCACAUCAUGACUCAGAUCACGUCUGUGGACAGCAUCGCUCUGAAUACGAGCAUGUUUCUGCAAAAUAUACGGCAGAUCAAUUCUGCUAUGUACGCGUCCACGCUGAAUUCCAUUGUCAUUUUGGACGAGUUCGGCAACGGAACGUCCGAGGUGAGCGGCUUGUCACUACUCGCGGCCGUGCUGAACAAUUUCGUCGAGCGAGGAAGCGAUUGUCCGCACAUUUUCGUGGCCACGCACAUGCAUCGGGUGAUGAACAUGUUACCGCAAAGCCCGAUAAUCGAGGAGCAGACUUUUGAAUUUGUUACAAACGUGGACGGCACCGUGGCGUAUCUUUAUAGUUUAACUAGUGGACACGUGACACGUAGCUUCGCACACGCGGCUGCACGAAGUGCGGGCUUGGACGAAAAGAUUGUCAAACGAGCGUUAGAGAUAUACGAAAAAUUUAAGGCUGGCGAGUUACCUCCACGAUUACCGGAAGCCAAAGGCCAAGACACGGCGACGUACAUCAUCGAGCGAUUACUGAAGUCAGAGAAUUUCGAUCUGGAGGAGUUGAAGGCGUCGGUCCGUCGAGCUACGGAAUCGUCAACUCCAAAGAUAAACAAUUGAAAGGAAAGAAAAGAGAAGAUAUUUCGUCGUAUCGAAUCAUUUCGUCGAACCACGGAAUUACGUAGCUGUUAAAAAAUAAGGAGGGACGUUGAAGAGGAAGGAAAAAUAAGAUGUUUCGCAAAAGUUCGGCGCAUUAUGUCAAUAUUUAAUUAUCAAGGUUUCACACAACACAUGCAUAUAUACAUAUAUCAUAUGUUUAUUAAAAUACUAAUAAGCAAUACUGAAUUCUACAUUAACGGUAUAGCAAAACUCAAGUUGGCCGAUUAAGAUAACCGGAGUUUAAUCGAGAUCCCUCUUUUUAUGUCCAUUCCUACCAAUGCAGAUUAACUUAAUAAUCUCGGUUUAACUUUCUGUUUAUCUCUUUUUAGUUUUAAGAGUUGGAAAAAGAUGGAAAAUAACUUAAACCGAGAUUAAAAUUAAACUACAUUGAUAGAAGUGGACACUAGUUCUAUUCCCAGCGAGAAAUGGCUCGUCGAUCGAUGUCGAAACGCUUUGAUAUCGUUUCGAUGAAUAAUUUCUCACUGGACUGCUGUCAAACAUUCUCUAUGCUCCUAUGUAAAGCCAACAUGUUAAAAUUGCGAAAUUCAAUUUUCAAUGAUUAAAUAGUGCGUUGUGAUAAAAUGUAAAA